UUUUACGUAUAUUAUUAUUUGCUACGAUUAAACCAUUGACAACAUAAAUGUCUAUACAUAUUUAUGUUGUCAAUGGAAAUUUAAAUUACGUUAGUUCUCUUUUGUCCCGCACCGCGCACGGUUACUGUGCGUUUUGCGUUCUGUCUUGUCCUUAAAUUUGUAUAAGUCCCUACACACGCCAAGAUGGGUAGGGAGGACAAGGCCUCAUGGAAGACCAACUACUUCACUAAGAUAAUCCAAUUGUUAGACGAGUACCCAAAAUGCUUCAUCGUGGGUGCCGACAAUGUGGGCUCGCAGCAAAUGCAGCAAAUCCGUAUCUCCCUCCGUGGGAGCAGCAUUGUACUCAUGGGCAAGAACACCAUGAUGCGUAAGGCCAUCAAGGAUCAUUUGGAGACCAACCCAGCCCUUGAGAAGCUCCUGCCCCACAUCAAAGGCAAUGUUGGCUUUGUGUUCACCCGCGGAGAUCUUGUCGAGGUCCGUGACAAGCUUCUGGAGAACAAAGUGCGUGCCCCGGCUCGUCCGGGAGCUAUUGCUCCUCUGGCUGUGGUCAUUCCAGCUCAUAACACUGGUUUGGGUCCCGAGAAAACUGCCUUCUUCCAGGCUCUCUCCAUCCCCACCAAGAUCUCCAAGGGUACUAUUGAAAUCAUCAACGAUGUCCACAUCCUGAAGCCCGGAGACAAAGUGGGAGCUUCUGAGGCAACUCUUCUCAACAUGUUAAACAUCUCUCCCUUCUCAUAUGGUCUAGUUGUGAAACAGGUCUAUGACUCUGGCACCAUCUUUGCUCCGGCUAUCCUUGACAUCAAGCCCGAGGAUUUGCGUGCCAAGUUCCAAGAGGGAGUAGCCAAUGUUGCCGCCCUCUCUUUGGCUAUUGGAUACCCGACCGUGGCUUCUGCCCCUCACUCCAUUGCCAACGGAUUCAAGAACCUCCUGGCUAUCGCUGCCGUCACCGAGGUUGAGUUCAAGGAAGCCAACACCAUCAAGGAGUUCAUCAAGGACCCUAGCAAGUUUGUCGCUGCUGUUGCUGCCCCGGCAGCGGCUGCUGCUCCUGCCGCAGCCAAGAAGGAAGAGGAGAAGAAGCCCGAGAAGGAAGAAUCCGAGAGCGAUGAUGACAUGGGCUUCGGACUCUUUGACUAAAACCAGCACCUGUCUUACACUUGAUAGUUUGCGUGCUGUCGUGAGCGCCGCCGGGUUGGACACCUAUAUGGCGGCCAUUUACAUCAGCGUGUGAAUAAAGCGUUUGAAUGAAA